UACGAGUCAAAACGAAUUCUCAAAUUCGUACCGUACCGUACUGGUUCUAUUAUGCCCAGUACCGGUAGUAUUUAUAGAGCUUUUGUUAUAGAACCAGUACGGUUCGCUGAUCUGCAACAUCGUACC